GUUUGGUCCGUCUUGGGCUCGGAAGAGCAGAACGAGCGAUUGCCACAGUUGGCGUUGAUGAACCUGCACUCUGAGGAGAUGCAGCUUCGCCUGUUAAAUGGCUGCUCAAAGUCAGUCUCAGGAUGGGCAUGGUCUGGUCGAAGUGGAGAGACGCUGAACGCCUGGUGGGGUACCGAGAAGCCGCCUCCUGUUGCAGUGCAGGAUGGAGACGAAGAUGCCGUCGGCGAGGAAACAGGCUGGUCGCCUGGGCUCAGCGUGGGCAUCCUGGGUUCGACAGGCGUGGCGCAGCUGCCCAAGAGCGGAGGCCUUCUAUCCUCGAUAUCUUUGUCGGGUCCUCCCGCUGCCGAAGUUGGUGUGACGGUCGCCGGGCUUCCGGCUCCCUUCGAGCGGACGAAGCUCGUCCAAGUGGUCCCCAGAUACGUCGUCCGUAACCAGCUGUCCUGUGCAGUCGAAAUUUGGCCAAGCCGUGGAAGCAGCAAGAAAGCCCCGGACGUGUUCGCACACCUCCUGGGCACCUGGAAAGCGACGUCGGUCGAGGGCUCUGCGACGUCGCUAGU